AUGUCCUUGGUGCUUGCCAGCUACGCACCACAGAUCCAGGACAACCAAAGUACUAGGCGUCGAUGCAUGUGGCGCGCUCUUCACUUCAUCUGCUCGUACCACUUACAGGCCAUGCGGCUCAUCCCCGCUGAGGGCCAGCUCAAUGCGCCAUACAACUGUGUUGAUCGCUGGGCGUUCGAGACACCCGAAAAGGUGGUUGACACGCUCGCACUGGUACAGUCCGCUGCCAUCAUUUACGAGGCAGAUGAGCCACACCUGGGAAGAAAGCUGAGCUACAAACAGCUGUUGCAGCAGGUAUGUCAGCUUGCCAAUAUGCUCAAAAGCCAAGGUGUCAAGAAGGGUGACACGAACGACUCGAGCCUGCAAGCUGUGGGGGAAGCAAGCGCGCCGAGGGAGAUAGAAAAGGUUUUCAUUGUAGCGCACCAGUUCGGAUUCUCAAUUCUUGAGUGUGCAGAGCUGAUCAAUGUCACAAAGAUCGAUACGAUUACUUUCGCCGUGCUCUCGUCAAUCAUGGCAAAACACCUGGAUAUGGUGCAACAAAUCAAGCGCAUCCACGGACUAAGACACAUGCACAAUGAGUAUGUUGCCAUUACUUGUGCUAGGCAAACGGGGCAGUGGGACAAUCAGAAGCAUGAGAACAAUGAGAAUAAUAAGAAAGAAGGAAAAAAGGGGAGCAAAAGGAACAAUGGGAACAAGGGAAACAAUGGGAACAAUGGGAACAAUGGGAACAAUGGGAACAAUGGGAACAAUGGGAACAAUGGGAACAAUGGGAACAAUGGGAACAAUGGGAACGCUGAAGCUCUGCAUGAAGCAAAAGCACAGUCCGACUCCCUCGGAAAUAUUUCGACUCGACUCUACGGCGAAGUAGACUUGAUAUCGUGUAUGAUGAAGAAGAGCUGGUAG